UAGUAAUCUUUUUCUCUCAGCGCCGCAAACCUCACUCACUCUCAGGCCUCAGCGCGGCACCGCCGGUUCUCGCCCCGUCUUCCUCUUCUCUCACCACCACAACCGUCCUCUCAACUUCUCUCCCAACCUCUCUCUCUCUCUCGCUCACAACUCACAAGUUUUCUCUCACGUCCUCCCUUCUUCAACUUCGCAAUCACAACUUCUCCACUCAUCCUCUCACAAUUUCUCUGUAGUACAAUGUCUUGCACCACUACUUUCAAUGUUGGAUUUUCUAAGCCACUUGGGUUCAGAAACAAUUUUACUUUUCACAAAUCUUCUACUCACUUAUUAAAGACCUUCAAUUUGAGCUUCACUGAUCAUAGUUUUAGUUUGUGUAAUUCGCAUUCGAGCUCAUUCCGAAGUGUUUUGAAUUGUGUUGCUCAGAGUUCAGAGCAAUCAGCUUCUGUUGGGGUUGAUACAAAAAACAAUUCUAAAGAAAAGGUGGUUGUUCUGGUUAUUGGUGGAGGGGGACGUGAACAUGCACUUUGCUAUGCGUUGCAACGAUCACCGUCGUGUGAAAGUGUAUUAUGUGCUCCCGGCAAUGCAGGAAUUGCCAGCUCAGGAAAUGCGACGUGCAUCUCAGAACUCGAUGUUUAUGAUGGUGCAGCUGUAGAGUCAUUUUGUCGGGAGCGGGGGGUGGGGCUAGUUGUUGUGGGACCUGAGGCUCCGCUUGUUGCAGGUUUAUCAAAUUAUUUAGGUAAGGCUGGAAUCCCAACUUUUGGUCCUUCUGCAGAGGCUGCUGCUCUAGAAGGUUCUAAGAAUUUCAUGAAGCAUUUGUGCGACAAGUACAAUAUUCCAACUGCCAAGUACAAAACGUUUACAGACCCAUCUGCUGCAAAGCAAUAUAUUCAAGAAGAAGGAGUGCCGAUUGUUGUCAAAGCAGAUGGAUUGGCUGCUGGUAAAGGAGUUACUGUUGCCAUGACACUGGAAGAAGCAUAUGAAGCAGUUGAUUCAAUGCUGGUGAAGGGUGAUUUUGGUUCUGCAGGUUGUCGUGUCAUUGUUGAGGAAUUUUUAGAAGGAGAAGAAGUGUCUUUUUUUGCUUUGGUUGAUGGAGAAAAUGCAAUUCCAUUAGAAUCUGCUCAGGACCACAAGAGAGUUGGUGAUGGUGACACAGGGCCAAAUACUGGCGGCAUGGGUGCAUACUCUCCUGCUCCUAUAUUAACCAAGGAACUUCAAUCUAUAGUAAUGGAUUCUAUUAUCAUGCCAACCGUAAAAGGAAUGUCUGCAGAAGGUUGCAAGUUUAUUGGUGUUUUAUAUGCUGGGCUUAUGAUCGAGAAGAAAUCUGGCAUGCCUAAGUUAAUUGAGUACAACGUGCGAUUUGGUGAUCCAGAGUGCCAGGUCUUGAUGGUUCGGUUGGAGUCUGAUUUGGUGCAAGUUCUGCUUGCAGCUUGCAGGGGAGAGUUGAGUGGUGUAUCACUGGAUUGGUCUCCCGGGUCUGCUAUGGUUGUGGUAAUGGCAAGUAAAGGAUAUCCUGGUUCAUAUGAGAAGGGAACUAUAAUUGAAAACCUUGAAGAAGCUGAGCUUGUUGCUCCAGGUAUCAAGAUAUUCCAUGCUGGAACUGCUUUUGAUUCUGAAGGAAGAUUUAUUGCAACUGGGGGGCGUGUUCUUGGGGCUACUGCCAAGGGAAAUGAUCUUGAAGAGGCACGUGAUCGAGCUUAUCAAGCUGUUGAAAAUGUUAAAUGGCCAGGAGGCUUCUAUCGCCGAGAUAUUGGGUGGAGAGCCCUUCCUCAGAAACAUGCCACAAAGGUGUAAACUACUCUGACAAGGUUAGUAAUAGACAUGGUCAACAAUCAAUAACCGUGAAUCGGAUUACAAACCUAGGGCAUCUCCUAGAUAAGAAAGGGUAAUCCAUAGUUGAUGUACCUUGUAAUUUAUUUUUUGUACAACAGUUUUGAUAGGACAAAUGAUGAUUAGAUUGAGACUUGAGAGUGAUACAGAUUGAUUUUCAACAAAAACUGUCCCACCUUGGUAUUUUUUGUGCCCACAGAGCAGAAAGACACCUAGUAAAGUUGACAGUGAACCGAGUAUUUGUUUUAUU